AUGUCUUUCUCUAUCUCUGCCCUCAACCCCUCUUGCUCGUGCCCCGACAUUGAACUUAGGGCAGAUUGGGACGGCAUUUGCCAGCGCAUCAAGGACGAGGCUGACUGUAUCCCGGACGACAAUGAGUUGCUUGAGGAAGAACAGGCCGAUUGGUUUCGGAGGUGGAUGGGGCUCAUGGAUCGUGCGUGUGCGGCAACCAAGAUCGCGAACUCUUCUGGAACGACUCUGUCAUUUGAAGGCGAUGUCCAAGGCGUGGAGAAGCAGGCGGAAAUCUGGCAAGCGCGCUUUCGGCUCAAAGUGCAAGGGGCCACGUUGAAGAGUGCAGCACCGACAAGGGAAUCUGCCACGCCCGUGGACGCCGAUGUCGAGAUGACUGCUGAGGCGGAGAGCGUGUUGGCAGGCAAAAAGAAGUCGAUUCACGAGGACAAGCAGUCUCGUGUUAUAGCGCACGAUCUGCUGUGCGAUCUGUGCAAAAGGGCGAAGAAGAAGUGUGUGUGCAGAGGUCCCGUGGGCGGGCGAUGCUCUGGGUGCAUCACCGCGAAAAAGCCUUGCUCUCUCUUGGAUGCCAUGAAACCUGAGGCCUCGUCCUCAAAGUGGUCGGACGUUAUUGAUCUCGGUGACGACGAUGAUGACGAUCAAUACACAGCCGCGGAAGAGCCGACUCCACGCGUACAGCAUGUAAGGAGGGGCGGGGCAGUGGUGAUUGAUCGUGCGGCUGUUCGUGCAGCCCAGGAGCUUCGUGCUUUGGAAGCAAAGGCGAAAGGGUCAUCGGCCAAACUGUGGGAGCAUGGGGAGCGGCUGCGCAUAUUGCACGAGUCCUUGUAUCCUGCGCCGAUUUGCGAUCCCAUAUCCAUAUCCAAGUCCACUGAGUGCCUGAAAUACGAUAAAGAGAUCGGUGGGUGCAUGCCCGACUUGUCUUCUUCGAUCGGCUUCCACUUCUCGCGGCUUGAUCUUGUUCGGCUUAAAUACAAGAAGGGGCGCUCUGCUGUAGAGCGCAUUCAAAAAUAA